UACUUUUAAUCGGAUGUUUGUCAAUUAAUAUCACCGAUUCCUUAUAAGUGAUACGUAACUUUAAAUUUUUUAAUGUUAGCUAAAAACCGCAUCUAAAUCGGAUAAGAAAUAGCUAAGUAAUCCCUUUUUUAGUUUUUCUACUAUUCUUGUAGGUAAGUGGCGCUUAUUAUUGUUUACUUCCGCAUACUAUAAAGAGCAGGUGCAUGACAUUGACCUAGUUUCAGUCGAUCGACAGAAUGGCCGCCGACGUAACAGCCAAUCAGAUGCAUCUAACCGGUUCAUAAUAAUAAAACUUGCAUACUUGCGUUAGUCACUCUCGAUGCAUUUGAGAGUGCAGCUCGUUGCAUUAAGUUUUCGUUAUUGUUACCAUGCCAAAAAGCACAACAUUGUGAUUGUUUCACCCAUCUUAGAGAGGGAUGAGGAUCACAAUGAUAUCGUAUGGAAUACUGCAGUUGUGAUCGAUAAUCAUGGAGACGUGCUGGGCAAGCAUAGAAAAAAUCACAUACCGCGAGUAACUGAUUACAAUGAGUCUACUUAUUACUUUGAAGGAAACACUGGUCAUCCUGUAUUCCAGACGGAAUUUGGAAAAAUUGCAAUUAAUAUUUGUUACGGCCGCCACCAUCCUCUUAAUUGGAUGAUGUUUGGAAUCAAUGGGGCUGAAAUCGUCUUUAACCCUUCGGUGGAAGCUGGUCCUGAAAGUGAACUACUUUGGUCUGUGGAACCCCGCUGCGCUGCAAUUGCCAACAAUUACUUCACCUGUGCAAUUAACAGAGUUGGGACAGAAGUUUACCCCAACGAAUUUUCGUCAGGGGAUGGCAAUCCACCACAUAAAGACUUUGGACAUUUGUACGGUUCGACGUACGUGACUGCGCCAGAUGGAACAAGGACACCGGGUUUAUCAAGAAUUAAUGAUGGAAUUCUGAUAACUGAAUUCGACCUGAAUUUUUGCAGACAAGCUAGAGACGUAUGGGGUUUUCAGAUGACCCGACGUAUGGAUCUUUAUGCUGAAUCAUUUACAAAAUCUUUGGAGUUGAAUUAUCAGCCACAAGUUAUUAAGAAAUAAACAUCAACAAAUAUGUUUAUUAUUAUCUCAAAAGUCAGAAUUAUAUACAUUAUUGUGAGUAAUUAUUGUUUAGUUUCUUCUAGAUCCUUAAUAAACGAUUUUUUAAUGUC